CUCCCAUCAGGCAAAUGGAGACAUCCGAAACAUCCCUAGGAUCGUCAAUGGGGCAUAUUCAGUAGAUAUUGAUGCUAGGGGUCGUUUACUCCAUACUACGGAAGCCGCCACCGCGACUGUUCUUUGUCUUGCUACGUCUCCUUUCUCACUCUGUCAAGCCUCUGGCCUAGAAUAGCUUCUAGGUUUAGGAUGGGAGUGACACGUACGACCCCCUCUCGUCAGCAGCAUGCGAGCGCCUCCACACCGACAGACGCUCGGGCUACACGCUCAAGAGCUGUGGCAAGCACCCCCACGUCGUCCAGAAAGCGAAAAGCGAAUGAUCAGAAUGUCACACCAAGCACAUCAUCAAAGAAGUCGCGUCGAUCAGCUCCAAAUGUUCAUACCAAAGAUUCUGUCGAGGUGGUCGAUCUGACUGGCGAAACUCCUAGCCCGCCUAAAAAAAGAGCUCGAGCACCAGCAUCAUAUGAUGAACCAGCUCCUGAACGCCGACUAAGAAGAUUCCGCAGCCACCCUCCCAGUUCAUACCUUGAUAGAGCGGCGCGUGCGCUAUCCCAGCGGAUGUUUGUUGUCGGACAUGCUGUCACAGAAGUCGACGGUGCGCCCGAGAUCUCUUUCGACAUCGUCGGCACCACUGGCAACAUCUACAAGACAACGAUAGGGAAGGUGCCAACCUGCAGCUGUCCGGAUGCUCGAAAAGGGAAUCAAUGCAAACAUAUCUGUUAUGUUCUAGUCAAGGCCCUUAGAGCGCCCCAGCAUCUUCAGUAUCAGUUAGCAUUCUUGUCGUCGGAACUUCGAGAGAUGUACAACGGCUCUCCCAUCAGCCGCGAGCAGUCCAACGCUGAAGAGAACAAAGAUGGGAACAGGAAGCCUGUUGAAGGAGACUGCCCGAUCUGCUUCAUGGAGUUUGAACCCGACAAGGAAGAGAUAGUCUGGUGCCGAGCAGCAUGCGGAAACAAUAUACACAAGACUUGUUUCCAGAAAUGGGCCGCAACUCAGCAAGCUCAAGGAGUGAGAUGCGUCUAUUGCCGUUCUCCUUGGCAAGCAGAUGCUGCUUACUUGAACCUUGACGAACUGGUCAAAGGGGCCAGUGUAGAUUCCGAUGGCUACGUCAAUGUGGCUAACCAGAUUGGCCUGUCUGGCAUUCGUGAUUGUUCAACAUAUCAUCCUUACUGGGUGCGCCAGCAAUCGUAUCCUUAUGGUUCGCGACGUGGUAGAGGUGCGUGGGGCUACGGAAGACGAUAUUGAUGAUGAAGUUUGUCCGUCUGGCACGGUUGAUUGUUUUUCGGGUUGUUAUAAGCGUCGCAAGUCUAAGAUUGAUACCCAGGGCAUGCUCUUCGAUCAUAUCAAUACAUUAAU